GAGACUGUGACAUUCACACAACACUGUGUCUAUACGGCAGUGUCUAUACCUAGUACUCUGUUAUAUCAUCUAGGGGGAGAUCCCACAUCUUAACAAAUAUCACAGCAUCAACAUUGGGCUGUGUUUUAAGACCUACAUCAUUGGGCAAGACCUAUUUCAACCACAUAACCUUCAAAAUGAAAGAUCAGAUCUGUUAUGAUGACUAUCAGAAGACAGCCAGCUGGCUCCUGUCUCAGACGCAGCACCGGCCCAAAGUGGCCAUCAUCUGUGGCUCCGGACUGGGCAUGCUAGCUGACGCUCUCAAGUGCCAGGACUCCUUCCCCUACUCCGACAUCCCUGGGUUCCCACAGAGCACAGUGCAAGGACACGCUGGGAGACUGGUGUUUGGGGAGCUGAAAGGGAAGACGUGUGUUUGCAUGCAGGGACGUUUCCACAUGUAUGAGGGACACUCACUCUGUAAGACUACCUUUCCCGUGCGGGUAUUUAAGCUCUUAGGGGUGGAGACCCUGAUAGUGACCAAUGCAGCAGGCUCACUGGCAGACAGCUACCAGGUUGGGGACAUCAUGAUYAUCAAAGAUCAUAUCAACUUCCCUGGUCUGGCCGGGCUCAAUCCCCUCAACGGACCCAAUGAUGACAAGUUUGGUCCCCGGUUCCCUCCCAUGUCUGGUGUGUAUGACAAGGACCUGCGGAAGAUAGCCUUUGACCUCUGUAAAAGCAUGGGCGUCUCUCAGUUCGUCCAGGAGGGGGUUUACUGUAUGGUGGGAGGUCCCAAUUUUGAGAGCAUCGCAGAGGCCAGACUCCUUCACAGACUAGGGGUGGACGCUGUGGGAAUGAGCACAGCACCAGAGGUGGUGGUAGCCACCCACUGUGGCAUGAGGGUGUUUGGCCUCUCUCUCAUCACCAACAAGGUGGUGAAGAGCUACAAUGACACAGAGUCUGUCAACCACGAAGCUGUACUGGAGGUCAGCAAGCUGCGCUCGCAAACGCUGCAGAUGCUGGUCACAGAGCUGGUCAGCCGGAUGGACAUCAACAACAACACGACUUGAACCGAAGAGAGCAGCAAGAUGCGAAGCUACACCGAAACCUUUCGAAUUCGCUCGUCAUGAUGAAAACAUUCAACAGCGACCCGGCCAAUGGCAUCCUAUUCCCUAGUGCACUACUUUUGACCAGAGCCCAUUGCACCCUAUUCCCUAUAAGUAGUGCACUAUAGGGUGCCCGUUUCGGAUGCACAACAAGGAUCCCAAAAAGAUUAGUCAAAAUCACUCAAAAUCUUGCAGCUACAGUAGGCCUAUUAUGCAAGCAUGGUGUCCGCGUCAGUGACUUGAAUAUUGCUUGGGUUAAAUCAACAAUAAUGUAAUUUGUUCUGUGUGUAAAUGUACAAAAUUAUUUGUGUAACUUUAUACUUUAUUCGGGGCGGCAGGUAGCCUAGUGGUUAGAGCGUUGGGCCAGUAACCGAAAGGCUGCUAGAUCGAAUCCCCGAGCUG